ACCCCUCGUCCCGCUCCGCGCCCUUCGGCCGCUGCGGCCCACGGGGAGGCGGCGGAUAAGAAGGAGGAGGAGGAGGAUGCUGCGCGCCUUGGUGGCGGUGUCCCUGUGGCUGCGGGUGAGCCCGCGGGCGCAGGGCGCGCCGUGCGAGGCGGUGCGCAUCCCCAUGUGCCGCUCCAUGCCCUGGAACAUCACCCGCAUGCCCAACCACCUCCACCACAGCACCCAGGAAAACGCCGUCCUCGCCAUCGAGCAAUACGAGGAGCUGGUGGCCACCGGCUGCAGCCCGGUCCUCUCCUUCUUCCUCUGCGCCAUGUACGCCCCUAUCUGCACCCUGGAAUUCCUCUACGACCCCAUCAAGCCGUGCCGCUCCGUCUGCCAGCGCGCCCGCGACGGCUGCGAGCCCAUUAUGCGCCGCUACAACCACAGCUGGCCCGAGAGCCUGGCCUGCGACGACCUCCCCGUCUACGAUCGCGGCGUCUGCAUCUCCCCCGAGGCCAUCGUCACCGACCUGCCGGAGGAUGUCAAGUGGACGGACUUCACGCAGGGCGUGAUGGUGCCGGAGAGACCCCUGGAGCCCAACUGCAAGAGCCGCGGCCAGGAGCGAUGCCGGUGCAAAAAGACAAAGCCUACGCUGUCGACCUACCUGGCCAAGAACUACAGCUACAUCAUUCAUGCUAAAGUAAAAAGCGUAGAAAGAGGGAACUGCAACGAGAUAACAACUGUGGUGGAAGUCAAAGACAUACUCAAGUCUUCAAUACCAAUUCCUCUGUCUCAAGUGCCUCUUCUUACAAAUUCCUCCUGCCAGUGUCCUCCUCUUCAGCCCAAGCAGGAUGUUCUCAUCAUGUGCUAUGAAUGGCGCUCAAGGUUGAUGCUUCUUGAUGGGUGUCUAGUUGAAAAAUGGAAGGACCAACUAAACAAAAGAUUUAAGAGGUGGGAACAGAGACUUCAGGAACAAAAGCUGCGAACAGCCCGCAGUAAGAACCACAAUUCAGGACGCAGUGGUAGGAGUGGGGCCCCAAAAUCGUCAACCAAGAACACCAGCACCCUUGUCAGUGGCCCCAAAAAAGCCACCAAAAUAAGAAAUGGUCCGAAAGAAAUCAACCCUAAAAGAGUAUGAAAUCUCCAAAAAGAGAGACUCUUCCUGUAUGAUGAGGGUCCAAAUCUGGCUCACUCGGCACAUUCUUUUGAUCCAGAACUCAUCAACUUAAAAACACAAGACAGUUUCUACACAGACAUUUUUGCUGCACUUUACUUUUAAAAGGUUUGCUUUUCCUCUUCCUUUCAAGCCACUGCAAGCCAUAGAGCACAGGUUUGUGCUAAUGUGUGGCAGGCAUAUUCAAGCUGCCUGAACUUCAAGGCAGGGCUCUGAUUUGCAGUUCUAGCUAAAUGUAGCCUUGGGUCCUUAUGCUGGUACCUUCCUUGCUUCUCUGCCAGGGGCUGGCUGCAUGGGUGUCUCUUCUCUCCUCAGAAAGUGCACCCCUGGAAUAGCUGGUGAGUUAAUUAGUCUGUAAGUUUGUCUGUAAGUUAGUCUGCUGAGCUGGGAACCAUGGCAGCAGAGGAGCAGUAGAGGGAUGAUAGCAUCUGGCAGACAUAUGGAGCAGCAAAGCAACCACUGCAGCUGCUGGAGCUGAACCUUAUCUGAAUCUGCUAUUUGGAAUCAUAGGCUUUGUUCAGAGCAUUUGGGAGCACAGUUC